AUGGCGUCCUCUCCUUUACACAUUCUUUUCUCGCUUUUGAUCUUUUUAGGCAUCACGGCCGCGACCGACUGUAACCCUCUGAACACAACAACAACAUGUCCUGCCGAUAACGCACUCAGUACGGAGCACACCUGGUGGCUCAAUUCAACCCUCGACAGCACACUAUGGGACAUGCAAACUGGUACGGCCGACUACACCAGCGAUGGCGCCGACUUUUCCAUCAAAGCAGAGAAUGGAUCCACUCUUUUAGUUUCGAAUUUCUAUAUCUUCUUCGGCGUCAUGGAAGCCCACGUCAAAAUGUCUCCGGGCCGGGGUAUCAUCAGCAGUAUCAUCCUGCAGUCGGACGACCUGGACGAGAUCGAUUGGGAAUGGGUGGGAUAUAACACGAGUGCGGUGCAAUCCGACUUCUUCGGGAAGGGCAACACAACCACGAGCGAUCGUGGCGGGAUCCAUCCCGUAGAGAAUGCGGCUACCGAGUACCACAACUACACCUCCUACUGGGACCGGGAUCGGCUCGAGUGGUGGAUUGAUGGUGAAAAAGUCAGAACAGUCAAUUACUCCGAGCCGUUGACGGUGUAUGGAAAGAAUUACCCCCAGACACCUUGCCGUGUCAAGGCCAGUAUCUGGCCUGUGGGACUUGCCAGUUCGUCCGUUGGCAAUAUAGAAUGGGGUGGUGGUCUUGUUGAUUGGGACGAUCUUCCCUUUACUAUGAGCAUCCAACGCAUCCGCGUGCAGGAUUUCUCCUCUGGAAAGGAGUAUAAAUAUGACGGAACUUCUGGCUCAUAUAACAGCAUUGAGAUAGUCAGUGGAAAUUCGACCGCAGCGGCCGAAAUUAACAAAACACCUGCAAAGAGCUUGUCCGAAAAAUGGGAUGAUCUAGGCGAAGGCGCCCACAUCGGUGUCUACUGUGGUGCAGCCGCCGCCGGUGGACUCUUGAUUGCUCUCUUUGGCUGGUGGUGUAUUCGACAGCGAAAAUCGGGUCGACUUCAACGGGCUCUCGACGAUGGAAGUCAUGGCGAAGAGCUCGCAGCAAUGGAAAAAUCCCAACACCAGUGGGGCCAAGCGAAAUGGGGUCGACAAAGCUAUCAGCCAGUGCCCUAG